UUCUAGAAUGUAAAAGAUUACAAUACUGUAUGUCUCAUAAUACCUAGUGUAGCCUGGCAAGAUGGAUGGCAUGUACAAGGGACGCAAGUUCUUGUCAUUUAGCGAAGCUGUAAGCGCACAUGUACCUGUGGGGAUGUUGGAGGACAUGCGCAAGAUGAAGAUAGUGCACUGGGAAGCAGGCAGCUGGCCACCGACAUACACUCCAUCUGAGGCACUGAUGAAUGCCGUCGUGCACGGCCACCGAGCUUACGCACAAUACUUGCUGAAUAAGUUCUUAGACGGUGCUCUUGUCAUGAGAGGUGAGAAUGUCUGCGGCUGUCAGUCAUAUGUUCCACACUUAGACAUGGCUAUCCGCUACAACAGGAAGGACAUAGUGCCUCUCAUUCUUCAUGUGGCACAUAAAAUCCCGAAUCUAUGGUCCUACGUGAUCCGAGGAGGAUGCAAACACAUGAAGGAGGGCAGAACUACACUCCAUCUGGCAUGUGUCAUGUCACAACCAGAGACUGUGAUAAUGUUACUGGGAAGUGGGGCUUCACCACAAGCUAAGGCUGGUGAUGGUGUGACACCACUGGAUCUCAUUCUCGAAAAGUUACGGACCUCCAAAGGGAACAUACGUGCCAAGAUGUUGUGCCUGGAAAGGCUGCUCAUGUUCAUGCCUGAAGUGCGGUUCAAAAUGAAGAGCUCACUGAACAAUGAUCCAGAGUACUGGUCCAAAGUUCUGGGAGAGGAGAUGUUUAACUACUUGGUUGGAAGAAUUCCAGGGACACUCUUUCUCAUAGCUAUGCAAAAAACUCUGGCUCAACUACCUUCUCAAGACUUUUUUGAAAGGCUGGAUGAACUGCCCAUUCCAGCUUCUCUGAAACCUACUACAUCACAGCCCUUAAUGCGGUGGAACUUCUAAUGAAACAUACUUUUUUUUUAUCGAAUUUGUAUCUGUGUGACUGGCAUAAAUUUGUAAUGUAAAUUUGUGCAUGUGCCUAUUACAGUAUAGGUUUUUUAAAUCAAUUUAUACAGUAUGUACAGUAUCAAUUUAUACAGUAGACUAAUCCUGAUUUGACGUUUUUCUUGAAGGUUUUACUUUUUACAACACUGACUACAAAAAGAGAUUAUUAUUAGGGGUCAAGCCCCGAAGGCACCUAUUGUCAAGCACCUAUUGUUAUCGUUAGUUUUCUUAUUAUUAUUCUUCCGCCAUUGAAGUCAAGAACCGUAUGUAGGAAAGUUAGGAAACUUGGCACACAUGUAGAGGCCAGUCUUAUAAGUUAUUAUAGCAACUUUGGUUUGUCUAGCUCAAACCCUCUAGCUCCACCAGUCCAAACAAAUUGAGGGGCAAGUUGGCACACAACAUGAACCGUACGUAGGAAAGUUAUGAAAUCUGGCAUACAUGUAGAGGUCAGUCUGAAAAAUAACAAUAAAACAAUUUUUUUCUUAUUUUUCAAACAUAGAGCAGAAGGUAAACAUAAGGAGUAAUAAAAGAAAUAACGAAUAAUAAAAGAAAAAUAAUUAACAAAAUAAAAAUUCAAGAUUCACAGACAUUUCGCAAUGUUUCGUGACAGCGCCACCUAGUGACAACGAGAUUUUCACGUUAAAUCCAGUAUUUUACGAGUGCAAUGCCAUAUCGCUAAGAAACUACCUUACAGUCGUAACCUUACAGUUUAAACGGUGUUUCGGGGUGUUGUGUGUUGCUUACUGUGCGCAUCUGAUCGGCUUGACCCCGAUCUCAUUCCCCGAUUAUUAUUAUUAUUAUUAUUAUUAUUAUUAUUAUUAUUAUUAUUAUUAUUAUUAUAUGAAAUUCUGGCUACCGACAAUAUUUAAUAUGCAUGUCUGUUUUUUGGUGUUCUGUCCAAACAUGAUUUAAGUGUAACCAUUAUUAUGUUUACAUUAUUGUUGACAUUUACAUUAUUGUGGACAAAAUAAUAAAGGUUACAUAAUUUUUAAAAAAUCCAUUCUAAGUCUUCAUCCCGCCAUCUCUUAGGGCAGAGGUCCCCAACUACCAGGCAUGGACGGGUACCAGUCCAUGCGUCAUUAUGUCCCGGGCUGCACAGAAAGUACAAUUCUUUUAAGAAUCAUAUAAAUAUUACGGUAGUGUGUUAUUCUGUAAAUCAACGCAAACACUACAAUAAUCAACUCGUGAAUAUUAUAGUGUUUGUGUUAUUGUGUAAAUAAACACAAUAUAUUCAAA